AGCCUCCGCUUGUGCUCUGCUUCAUACAGACCGUCUCAAGAGCCAUGUCGCAGGCCAAAGAGAAGGGACAGGGCGCACAGCGGCUGGACCAAAAGUCGGCGAAGCGAGGUCCAGCACCGCUCGUCAAGUACUACCUUGUCGCGUACAACGUCCUCUCGACCAUCGGUUGGGGCUACGUCCUCGUCGCCACCCUCGUCCACCUCACAGGGCUCGGCGCGUCGCCCGAUGUCCAAGCUACCUUCCUUCCCGCCGCCUUCACGCGGUACCUCCCUAUCAUCCCCCGGCUGAGCAGCGCGCGCCACCGACUGGAGAAGAGCGUGCCCCUCGCGCUCGUCCCGCUCAUCCGACGUGCGUCCACGACGUAUGCCGCGGUUGGCCCGCAGACGUCGUUCGUGCAGAGCUUCGCGAUCUUGGAGGUGGUGCAUGCGCUCCUGGGAUGGGUACGCAGCCCGGUCGGGACGACCGCGGCACAGGUAGCUAGCCGGCUCUACCUGGUGUGGGGCAUCACCGCGCAAUUCGACCAGGCACGCACGCACCCCCUGUACGCGAGCAUGGUACUCUCCUGGUCGCUCACCGAGGUCGUGCGCUACAGCUUCUACGCCUGCUCGCUGCUCGAGAUCGAGUCGAAGCCCCUCCUCUGGCUGCGCUACACGCUCUUCUACGUGCUCUACAUCACCGGCGCGGGCUCUGAGGCAGGCCUGAUCUACGCGUCGCUCCCGUCCCCGCCUCCGACGAUCCCCUUCCUCUCGUCCGACUGGUACGGCUGGAUCCUCCCCUUGUCCUGGCCGUUCUCCACCCCGCGCUGGCUCGAGACGCUGCACGACGACUUCAGGUGCUUCAUGUUCCUGCUCUGGUGGCCGUCGCUUUAUAUUCUCUACACGUACAUGAUCAGGCAGCGGAGAAAGGUGCUUGGGACGGGUCGAGGACGGACUCUGGGCCAGAAGCCGAAGACGCUUUGAUCGACACUGACCAGUGCAUUCCUGCUUGUAUGGUUCAUUGACGGAGACUUUGGAUAAUGCUCUGCAAAAGUAGCCUAUGCACGACUGCGACGAACUACGAUGCCUCACACUCAGAAUCCGGGUGAUAUGUGGAUCCUGUGUAGGCUUCAUGAGGCAAGGGGAUUGGCAACGGUCAGCCUUUCGUUCACACCGGCGUCCCAUCCUCCCACUUCGAACGCAGUCGCCAACGCCAACCGCGGCUACUGACCGGUCGCGCUGGGACAAAUGAGCUUCCAGGCAUCUAUAGUCUUCUAUAGUUCCCCGGAAUCUGGAUGAAUCAUUGAGAAUCUAUAGGUCG